CGGGAUUGGGUUGCCGUGGCAACGCGCAGGCCGCGAUCGGAUUGGACCAAAAACAUACAGGACGGAAGCGGCUAAUUGAAAGGUGGAAAAGUGAAAGCGGGGCUCCCGUGUGGUCCCGCGGCUCGCGGCGCCCCGAUGGCUGCCACGUCCCGACGUGAACGGGCGGUAGCCCCGCCCGUGGCGAUGACGUCACACCGAAGCCUCUCUCAUAAGGGCAGCGGCACCGCGACAGUCGUCGUCGUCGUCGUCGUCAUGUGGGCUCCACGCCUCCGGCACGCGCUCAGGGCCGCCGCGGCCGCGCGCUCCGCCGUCGCCAGGCAGCGUCACGGCGAGGCGGGCGAGGCGGGCGAGGCGGGCAUCCUGCUGGACGUGGACGGCGUGCUGCUGCGCGGCGGUCGCGUCAUCCCGGCGGCCCGACGAGCCUUCCGGAAGCUGCUGGACGCCGACGGCCGCUUCCUGUUUCCCACAGUCUUCGUCACCAACGCCGGAAGUUGUCAGCCGCAACGCAAAGCGCAACAGCUGUCGGCGCUGCUGGACGUGCGGAUCAGUCCGGAUCAGGUGGUUUUGUCGUACAGCCCUCUGCGGAUGUUGUCGAGCUUCCACGACAAGCGCGUGCUGGUGUCGGGCCAGGGACCCGUCUCGGACAUCGCCCGCUCUUUGGGCUUCAAGAAGGUGGUGAGCGUGGAGAAGCUUUGCGAACAGCACCCCCUGCUGGACAUGGUCGACCACAACAGGAGACCCCGACCGCCCUCUGAGCUUCAGCCGGAGUCGGCCCAAAUUGAAGGUAAGAGCCGCCGGUCGCGCAAAACGUCCACGCCGAUCACGUGUGGCGUUCUCGCAGCCGUGGUGCUGUUCGGCGAGCCGGUGCGCUGGGAGACCAACCUGCAGCUGCUGCUGGACGUGCUGCUGACCGACGGCCGCCCGUCCCGCGCCUACCGGCCGCCGGCGGUCCAGCUGCCGGUUCUGGCCUGCAACCUGGACCUGCUCUGGAUGGCCCGGGCGCCCUCGCCGCGUUUGGGCCACGGCAUGUUCCUGCUGUGCUUGGAGUCGGCCUACAAGAAGUUGACGGGCGCCGAGUUGCGCUACGAGGCGCUGCUGGGGAAGCCCGGUCUGCUCACGUACCGCUACGCCCGGCGCGCGCUCACGCGCAGCAACCGCCACCGCGAAGUCCAAACCAUCUACGCCAUCGGCGACAACCCGAUGACGGACGUUUACGGCGCCAACCUUUACGAUCGCUACCUGGCUCGGCAGCACAAGCGCGCGAGGCCGGCGACGGGAAGUCAGGCGGGCGCGGCCGAGCCCGACGAGGAGGAGCCGGCGCCGCCCGCCGCUCGCUGUCGAUCCGUCCUGGUGUGCACGGGGGUCUACGGGCGUCCGUCGGCGUCGGCCCCGGCCCCGGAGAGCGUCUUCCUGCACGGCCACCGGGACAUGACGGCGGAGGCGGGCCUGGCGGAGCCCAGCUACGUGGUGGACGACGUGGAGGCGGCCGUGGACCUGGUGCUCCGGCGCCACCUCUGACGGGAAGGCCGCGGUCCGGAUCGGAACCCGCAACUUCAGAAGCGUGCGAUGGGGGUCGGAUGCGCUGCACAAAAUGCAAUAUACGUCAGUGCCUUCCAAAUGUCUCCCCUGUUGAAAUGAAGGAAAUACAAUUGCUUGGCUCCAAAAACACCAAAA